AUGCUUGGACACAUACUCAUUCUUUAUGAUUGCCCACUCUCUGGCGGGUUAGUAGGUCUUCAUCGUAGCAGUUUGGAGUUUCAACCUUCAGAUCUUUGGCAUUCUGAGGCGAAGAAACUGCGAGAGAUCCUCAAAUUGGAGGAGAAAGUGAAAGGUGGUGAAAGCCUGGCACAGAAUCAGCAGGACAAGGUUGACUCCAAGGAUUCUCUCCUGCAGGAGGUGACAAAGUUGGCAGGAAAGCUUCCGGGUGAUUCCGAUGUCCUUGAAAAGACUCAGGACAUUACAGCGCUCCUUCCGGCUAAGACUGUGAAAGGAAUCGAGCAGAGGAGGCAACAGGAGCAAGAGCGAAGACAAAACCGGGAGAAGAAGCAGGAGGAAGAACGUCGAGCUCCAGUUUUCAUGUGUCGCCAUGAUAGGCCAAUCCUUAGCGUUUGCGUAUCAGCAGACAGUAGGUAUCUCUUCACCUGCUCAAAGGAUGGCAAUUUAAUUUGCUGGUCGCUGGAAGAGAAGUUAUUGAAGGCUCUGUACACCUUCGCAGGGCACACUGGUGCUGUGUUCACACUGGACGUCACUUCGGCUCCACCUUUGCUGAUCAGUGGCUCUGCUGAUGGCCAGGUGAAAUUUUGGGAGGGAGACCCUACACGUUUGACACCGCUGACUGUAACCUCACCCAAGAAUACCUUGGAGCAUGGAGGUCGUGUGAGGGUGCUGAGAUGGUGCCCUUUUGAUGAGGGCUCCUCUGGACGGCGCUUCGCUAGCGCAUCUGAAAAGCUGGGGUCCAAGCCUGCAGUCAUUGCGGUUUGGCAUGCCAGCCCAGCUGGAGAGACCAAGCAGUUGCUUGAGAUCAAGGAUUUGCCCGGCAAAGCCAACGAUUUGCAGUGGGGUGGAGGUGGAAAGCUGAAACUUUUCUCCGCACAUGACAAUGGUUAUGUCGGCGUUUGGUCAGUGGAGGGUCCAGGGUCAUUGAUGAAGACCAUCAAGCUGCACAAUGCCGCAAUAUCUGCGCUGACGCUUACCUCUGAUGCAUCAACACUGGUGACAGCAUCACAUGACAAAACCUCCAAAGCUGUAGAUGUUUCACAGGCUGCUACAGAAACACUUGCGACAUUUGAGUUGAAUCGCCCGCUGAAUGCUGUGGCAGUGACGGAGGACUUUGUAGCCCAGAAAAGUGGGGCGGUGGUGCUUGCGGGUGGCAAGGACGCUCGCGAUGUGACCCGUGCCAAAGAUAUGCAAGAUGAUGAGUUUGAAGCGAAGGCCAAGAAGAGGCAAAGUAGCAGAGUAGUUCAGGCUGGCAUUGGUCAUUUUGGCCCUGUGCAUGGCCUCCUGUCUUUGCCAAGGUGCCAUUGGUUUGAUAGUUGA